AUGAAUUCGAAUAUUGAUGGAACACUCAACGACUUUUUCCAUGUUGUGCCAAACCCACCACCCACGGCAUCCGAGUACAACGCUCACAUUCGUCGCCUACGGAAUUCAUUACUCACCUCCAAUCCUCAGCUCGAUGAAAAAUACAUCACGCUUAUCAAUCCUUACACCUUUCACACACCUCCAGCUCCCAUCGUCAAUAAUUGGUGGACUACCCCCAGAUAUCAAGAAGCAAUUCCUGUAACGCCAAAAGUAGAACGUGUCCUCAGAGCUCUAGAUAUCCGUCGGCCAUACACCGAUGUUGGAUGCUAUCGUCCUGAUUUCCUCGUUCCUCAGAAACAUGAUGGGCCGCUGCAGAUUUGCGAAAUCAAUAGCAGAUUUAUGUUUAACAGUUAUCUAAUCUUAUUGUUUACUGGCGAAUAUUUUGAUAACAACGCCAGCGAGGAGGACCUAAGGCGCUUCCAGAAGCAGAGUACAGUACAAGAUAUCAAAUCAGCAUUUUCUCACCUGUUCGAUGCGACCAAGCCGGUAACUCUGCUAAAAGCGCGAGAACCCGGAUGGGAUGUCCAUUUCUUGCCGUAUAUAUGCAAUACAUCUCGCAUGGUUGAUCCCAAAAGCUUGAGACUUGUUCCAUGUAGUAGUUCACCAUCAGGCUACACCUUAGCGGAUGAUAUCGGCAUAAUUGAGCAGGUAGCCCUGGAGUUGCAUCAAGAUGAGCUCGAUGCUAUAGAUGAACAGAUUCUUCUUGAGAUCGGGGCCCGAUGCCAUAACGACCUCCGUACUGUGUUCUUCGUCCACGACAAACGUAUAUUGGGCCUGAUAUGCCAGGAACUCGAUAAUCUAGUUGCAUCGGGGGCUUUGUCAGGAGAGCAAGCAGCCAUACUCCGUCGUGGAAUCGCAGAAACGCAUUUUCCGGGUACAGAAUCGUUUCAAAAAAUCGUUAACGAGCCACAUAAUAAGGAUAUGUGGUUGAUAAAGCCGUGUCUAUCGGCAAAAGGUGACGGAAUUACUUUUGGUAAAGAUGUCGACCAAGAGACAUGGAAGGCAUUGGUCAACUCGAAACUCGAAGGUCACCACCGCCUCUCCGCAUACCAGUCUAAAGCCUCCUCCCAAUCACACUUUGUCAUCCAAAGAUACCUCCACCAGCGAAGAUUUAUAUUCUUGAUGAGGCCAGACAACGCAGGGGAUCCGCCUCAGAUCGUCAACUGGUUAACAGUCGGGGGCAUGAUGUGUUUAAACAACAUCUUUUUGAAGCCAGGAUGGAGGACUUCGCCAUCGGAGAUAACUAACCUUACCUCUGGCGAGCUGCUAUAUAGUGUAACAAGUAAUGAAGAGCCUCCAUCGGCCGACAAACCCCCUAGCUCGUGGUGA